CGAUGUAUGUGCCCAGAUUAAGUAGAAUAUUUUUGUAAUUUGUUAUUGUUCGUCAUAAACAGAAAAUUUAAAAAGUUAUUUUGACAUUGGCCAUAUAGUCGUCACAAACAUUAGUUGGGUACAUUAAUAUUGUUUGUAAAUAUGUAGAUGAUCCGUUUCAGACGUAGGCAAAAAAUUAUCAUCCUCUUGGCGUGCUUACUAUUUAUUUGCGUAAUUAUAGCACAUAACGAUAGAAAAAUGGACCACAUGGAUCACUCUCAGCACAGUAUGCACGACCACCGUGACAUGAAAACGGACAUGGGCAGCGGCAGCCGGGUGGACCACAACCAUGGAGAUACCGGAGAUAUGGACAUGAGCCAUGGAAUGUCUAUGGCGUUUCAUUUUUCGAUCAGCGAAACGGUACUUUUCGAAGGUUGGAAGUUCGCUACAGUUGGCGGCCUAAUAGGUUCUAUGAUAGGAAUAUUUUUUAUGGCAGCUAUAUACGAAGGACUGAAAUACUUCAGGGAGUAUCUUUUCUGGAGGACGUACAACGCACUCCAAUACAGGGCGGUUUCGAUUCCAGAUAAGGGUACGCCUCCGGAAGACAACCAAGUCGUACAAGUAAUUGGGGAAGUCGUUCACAAAAAGCCGCCGACGAUGCUGAGCAAGAUACACUUCUUGCAGACGUUCCUGCACAUGAUCCAGAUGAUUUUAUCGUACUUCCUGAUGUUGAUCUUCAUGACGUACAACGUGUGGCUGUGCAUAGCCGUGGUGGCGGGCGCGGCGGUCGGUUACUUUCUGUUCGGCUGGAAGAAAUCGGUUAUAGUGGACGUUACGGAACAUUGUCACUGAUACCGUGGGUCGUCGCCAGCGGACGAUAAUAAGUACAUAGCAAACUUUAGAUUCUUAAGAUAAAUACUUAGGUUAAAAAAGUGACUCGAGCAACUAAUUUGCGGAAGUAAAAUUAAGGGAAGCAAAACUGUUUUUUUUAUGUAUAAAAUCUGUAUAUACAAUUGAUUUCUUGGGAUGUAUACUAGGAAUUUUAGAUUUUUUAAAGAAUGUUUCGCGGUGUAGGCGCCGAGACGCCUAUUUGUUUUAUUAUUUUAAUAGUUAUGGAAAAUAUACUCUCUGCGAGUCUUAUACA